CAAUUCUCUGUUUCAUUUUACAAUUAGUUGAGUCGAGAAAAGGAAAGGUAUUUGUUACGGUCGGAGAUAUAAAGCGAUUUUUUUUUUUUUUUAUAAAAAAAAUAUUUUGAAAUUAAAUAUUGCAAAAUAUCUACUUAUAGUUAUGCACAUAUAAAAAAUUAUUUUCGCUAUAUAAACAAAGAAAUAUAUUGCGUAUUUUGUUUAUGUAUAAAAUAUAAAAAAGGAAAAUUAAAGUUUCAAUCAAUAAUAUUGUUAUGAGAAUAAUGGAAAAAGCCUAAUGAUUACUGCAAACAUACACACAAUUAUAUACAUACAUACAUACAUAUAUGAAGUGUUUAUCCAAAAAUAAAAAGUGAUUUUUUAUCUAAAAUAGCUCUUAUUUAUAUUGAAUUCAAAUAAUUAAUUUAUUAAAAUAUUAAAAUAAAUUAUGAAGAGUGUUUAAAAAUAUUUAAAAAGAUUGUGUAACGCAAUUGUGAAUGAACAAAGAGUUAUUAGUGAUUACAUUUAAUUUUAUUAUUUAGUGGGAAAGAAAUAAAAAAUUUGAUUUUAAAAUCAGAAAAAUUUCCAAACAUAAUUGUAUAGUGAUUUUUUUUUUCAAGAAGCAAGCAGAAUUACUAUUAAUUUAUUUGCUCAUAAUUAAUAAUAUAUAUGUACAUAUAUUAAAAUUAAAAAAUAAUAUUUAUAAUCUCCAAAAAUAAAUAAAUUGUGAAAUUUAAUAACAGUUUGGAUAAAAAAAUAUUCAUAAUAUUCUUAACGCAAAAUAUUUGUAAUUCGAGUAGAUUGGAGUAUAUUCGAGUUUGCAAUUUGAAUUUGAUCUUUCAUCAUUGAUUAAAUAAUUUGAUGAAUCAUUAGAGAAGAGGGGGUCAAAAAUAAUCAAAUAAAACAAAAUGUAUUGAAAAAAUAUUGGAAAAAAAUAUUACUGAUAAUAUAAAAAUUCGAAAAAUUACUUAUUGCCAGAUUAAUAAAUUAUAAUCUUAUCUUGUUAAUAAAAUAAUUUAUACAUUCAUACAUACAUAUAUUCAACAGUACCUUGUUAAAUAAGUUUUUGGACCAGUAUUUUGUUCUUAUUAUUUGGUUUUAAUCCCAAUUGCUAUCUAACAUAUAUGAGAAAACAAAAGAAUAUUGCCAAAACUGCUUGAUUUCGUAUUUAGAAGUUAUAAACAGUAAUGGAUACAAAACGAAUAAUUUAAAGCCAAAAUUUUUAUAUACUUUACAAUUGAAUAAUUCAAUUUGAAAAUAAAUAAUAUAAAUAAAUAAAAAAAUUUAAAAUAAUUUUAAAAUGAGAGAAAUAAAAAUGGAGCAAAAUAUUCUAGUAAAUUUAAUUUAUAUAUUUUGUAUUUUCACUGUGAUAUCAACAACAUUUGUUGCCAGCCAAACAGUUGAAUAUGAAGAUUUAGAUGGUCCGCAUGUUUGUAAAAAAGUUGAAAAGUACAAUGUAGAAGUAAUUACGACCGAAAAACAAUCAUAUCAAGAAAGAGUAAACGUUUGGUGUUUUAGUUUUCCACCAAGAUGUUCUAGUUAUAAAUUAAAACAGAGAACAGUUAAUAAAACGCAAAUAUUAGAGAAAACGCGUGUAGUGAAAGUUUGUUGUGAUGGCUAUAUUAAAGAGAAAAGUCAAUGUGUACCAUAUUGUUCUGUUAAAUGUCAAUUUGGAAAAUGUGUUGCACCAGAAGUAUGUAAAUGUGAACAUGGAUAUGGUGGACCAGCUUGUGAUAUAAACUGUCCAGCUGGUAGAUGGGGUAGAAAUUGUGAAGAACAAUGUGAUUGUAAAAAUGAUGGAACAUGUGAAGCUUAUACUGGACAAUGUAUAUGUAAAAAAGGUUAUAUUGGUGAUAAAUGUGAAAAUAAAUGCCCACCAAACAAAUAUGGUCAAGAUUGUAAUGAGGAUUGUCGUUGUGAAAAUGAUGGAAUAUGUCAUCAUGUAUCUGGAGAAUGUCGUUGUGCUCCUGGCUAUACAGGACCACUAUGCCAUGAUAAAUGCCCGGAAGGUACACAUGGUGCUGAAUGCAGUCAAGAAUGUCGAUGUCAAAAUGAUGGAAAAUGUGAACCAUCAACUGGUAAAUGUGAAUGUACUGCUGGUUGGAUUGGUGAAGUAUGUGCAAAUAGAUGCCCACCAGGACAAUAUGGAAUUAAUUGUGAACAACAAUGUGAAUGUUAUAAUGGUGCUCAUUGUCAUCAUAUUACUGGAAAAUGUGAAUGUGCACCUGGUUUCAUUGGUGAAAAAUGCCUUGAUAUGUGCCCAACAAAUUAUUUUGGAUUAAAUUGUAGUGAAGAAUGUCGAUGUGAAAAUGGUGCUAAGUGUGAUCAUUCAACAGGAGAAUGUGAAUGCUCUUUGGGAUGGGAAGGUGUUAUUUGUUCUGACAGAAUAUGUCCUGACGAUAAAUUUGGUGAAAAUUGUACAAAAUCAUGUAUUUGUGAAAUGGAUCAUACAGAAUCAUGUCAUCCAUAUACUGGAAAAUGUACAUGUAAACCUGGUUGGACCAGUGAAGAAUGUAAUCGACCAUGUCCAUUCCUUAAAUAUGGCAAAAAUUGUGAAUUAUCAUGUGAGUGUAAAAAUAAUGCUAAAUGUUCUGCUGUUAAUGGUACAUGUUUCUGUGCGCCUGGAUGGCGUGGUUCUCAGUGUGAAGAACCAUGUCCCCAGGGUACAUUUGGUCAAAAUUGUGCUGAAAAAUGUAAUUGUGCUAAUGAUGCUACUUGUUCAUCCGAAACUGGACAAUGUUUUUGUAGUCCAGGCUGGAAGAAUACAAAAUGUGAUCGUCCUUGUGAUGAAAAUCACUACGGAAAGGAUUGUAAUCAACUAUGUGAUUGUAAAAAUGAUGCUUCUUGCAAUCCACAAAAUGGGUCAUGUACAUGUAGACCCGGCUGGACCGGUGAAAAAUGUGAGAAAAAAUGUGAACCGAAUACAUUUGGACAAAAUUGUACUCAAAAAUGUGAAUGCAUUGAAAGUAAUACUGUUGCAUGUGAUGCUGUUGAUGGGCAUUGUACAUGCAAAAACGAUUGGGGAGGUGUCAAUUGUGAAACACAAUGUGCUCCCGGAUAUUAUGGCAAUAAAUGUGAACUUGAGUGCAAUUGUUUGAAUAAUUCAUCAUGUGAUUCUGUAACUGGAGAUUGUGUAUGUGCAAGAGGUUGGACUGGUAUCAAUUGUUCAGAACCUUGUCCAAAAGGUUUCUUUGGAACUGGUUGUAGAGAAGUUUGUCAACCAAUUGGACAUGGAGAAGAAAAUAAAACAUGUGAUCAUAUUACCGGAAAAUAUGUUUGCUUGCCAGGAUAUAUUGGUAUGACAUGUGAACAUCCAUGUCCAGAAGGAAGAUAUGGUCAAGAUUGUUCGAAAAAAUGUAAUUGUGAACAUGGAGGUGAAUGUAAUCAUAUAACAGGAGAUUGUCAGUGCCGUCCCGGAUGGUCUGGCCGAAAUUGUAAUGAAUCAUGUCCUGACGAUAUGUAUGGACCAAAUUGUGCUCAACGUUGUAGAUGUCAACAUUCUAAACAAUGUAGAAAGAAUGAUGGUCAUUGUAUCUGUUUACCAGGUUGGAUGGGAACAACAUGUGAUGAAGUAUGCCCUGAAGGAUUUUAUGGUUUACAUUGUAUGGAAUUAUGCAAUUGUCCAAAUGAAAAUUUCGUAUGUCAUGCUGCCCAAGGAUGUGUUUGCCGUCAAGGAUAUACUGGCUCAAAUUGUGAUGUUUUAAUAUCAUUACACAGAAUUGAAGAAAGCUCUGACUUCAUGCUACCAUCAGCAGCAUCAAUUAAUCGAAAUAAUUUAGAAUCAAAUGGAAAAGCAACAAAAGCUGGUUUAGCAUGGGGUGUAGCAAUUGUCAUAUUAUUAAUUGCAGUAAUUUUAGCAGUUCUUUUAUAUUAUCGUCGAAGAGUAUCAAAUUUAAAAACAGAAAUUGCUCAUGUACAAUAUAUAACAGAAGCUCAAUUAUAUCCAGAAAGAAAUCAUAAUUUUGAUAAUCCUGUUUAUGGAUUCCAGGGUCAAGAUAAUACUCGAUUAUUAAAUAAUCUUAAACAAAAUGGUAAAAUGAAUAAUUUAAAUGUUACUGAUCCAGAAUAUAAUGGUGAUAAUUCAAAUGCUAAUGGAAAAGCUGGAAGUUAUUCUUUAAAUUAUAAUAGUGAGACAUGCAUGAAAAAUUUACAUGCUGAUAUGACUAAUCCAAAUGUAUAUCAUUGUAUAGAUAAAGAGGAACAUGUUUAUGAUGAAAUAAAACAUAAAGAGGGAUAUAAAGAUCCAGUUAAGGAUUUCCAAAAAAAUAUUUUUCCAAACAAUGAUGAAUAUGACCAUCUAGAUUAUUCAAGGCCAAGUAGUUCAUUUAAACCACACUAUCAUCAAAUGAAUGAUACAAUUUUAAAUUUGAAUACUACAACUGAAGAAAAACCAAGUAAUCUUGCUCAAAAACCAUUAAAUGUUCUUUUAGCUACAACUGAAGAGGACGAUGAUUUGGAUUCGAACUCUAAUUUAAAACCAUCAUUAAAUAAUGCUGUCACUGAUUCUGAUAAUAGCUCAACCAGUGAAACAACUCGAAUUAAUAAAUAAAAAAAAAAAUCUAAACAUUGAUUAUAAAUAUUUAAAAGAAAUUUACUAUUAAAAGAAAAUUAUGAGCAGGAUUUCUCUUUUUGCUAAUAUUCAAUAAUUGAUAAUUUAUGUGUAAUAAUAAAAAUAAAUAUUUGCAAAAAGGUAAAAAUUAUAGAACUGAUAAUAAAAAUUUAAGUAAAAUUUAGUUUUUUUUUUGUAAUAUC